GAAAGUAUUGCAAAACUUUGAGCAAUUAAGAAGUUGAAAAAAAAAUAAUGGAAGAAGUAAAAUUGUUAGGUUUUUGGGUAAGUCCUUUUAGUAUAAGAGUUGAAAUGGCCCUAAAACUUAAGGGUAUUGAUUAUGAGUACAUUGAAGCACAACUUCCAAUAAAAAAGUGUCCUAAUAUUGUCAAGUAUAAUCCUAUUUACAAAAAAGUUCCUGUAUUUUUGCACAAUGGAAAGCCAAUUCCUGAGUCUCUAGUGAUUCUUGAAUAUAUUGAUGAAAAUUGGAAAGAUGGCACAUCUCUUCUACCAAAAGAUCCUUAUCAAAGAGCCAUGGCACGUUUUUGGGCUAAGUUUAUGGAUGAAAAGUGCUUGCCAGAGAUGAUUAAACUUUGUUAUGACAGCAAUUAUGAAGUAAAGGUGAAAGCCAUGGCAGAGCUUCAAGAGCUACUUAAACUUCUUGAGAAUGAAUUGAUCAAAGAUAAUAAUAACAUUUUGUUUGGAGGAGAAAAUAAAGUUGGAUAUAUGGAAAUUGUUUCCAUUUUGAUAACUUAUUGGCUUGGAGUUAUGCAAGAAGCAUUGGAAGUAGACAUAUUGAACAAAAAGGAAUUUCCAAAUAUAUGUGGAUGGGCUGAUAAGGUGAUAAGUUGUAGCUUUAUGAAGGAAAAUUUGCCACCUAGAGAAAACUUACUUGCAUUUUACAAAGAAUAUGCUCAACCAUUUGUGCUACCAAAUAAUGAACUUUCUCAAUAAACAAAUCACACACACAAAUAAUUGUAUUGAAAUCCUCAAGGAGAAGUUGUGUUUGAUUAGAGUGUGAUCAUGUGUGUAUGUUUCUUUUGUUUAUGUAUUUGUUCAUCUUGUAUGAUCAUGUGUGUAUGUUUCUUUUGUUUGUGUAUUUGUUCAUCUUGUAAUGGUGAAAUG